AUGGCGGAAGACCUAAAGCCUGGCCAAAAACACCCGACGCCCACCCCAGGGUUUGGAGACCGUGUGUUCUAUGAGACACUGUUGCGACAGCGUCCCGACUCGGAAAUGGCCCAAGAGUGGUGUGUUGCUUAUGGAGUGUUACCAGAGGACGAAGCGCAAAAGUACUACAAGAAAGUUUUGAAGCGAAAAGGCAAGGGAGCUUCCGCGUCUGCAGCCAGUAGUAGCAAGAGUAGCAGCGCCCCAGCCAAAAAGAAGAAAAAGGCCAAAGUCGUCAAGGAGGAAGGGGCUGACCCAGAUAUGCAAGUCUCGGGUGCACAAGCAGUUGGGAGAUCUGUUAUUUAG